CUAAAAAAUCUGAGAAAGCCCAAAUUUCCACAUUACUCCAGCACCCCCACCGGAGACGAGCAGAAUCACCAUAAGAGAUGGCGGUGAGACAGAGAGCGGUGGCGGCGCUGCCGACGCUUAUGCGUUCGUUGCGGAAAGAAGCGCCGCCGAGGCACCACACGGUGUUGCCGUCGCUGAGACGAGCCUUCUCUCUCUACGAUCAGAUCAAUCUCAUCGAUAAUGUCCCGGAAGACCAGCUACGGUUCCAAGAGUUUGAUGAUACAGGUUUCAAAAUAAAUGGAGUCAGGUAUGAGGGUAGCUUGCUUUGUGUAGGAAAUUUGCUAAUGUCUUGGGCUCCAAACAAAUUUUCGGAGAUAACUGUUGAAAGCUUAUCUAUUUUUAAGACUGUGCGGCCAAUACCAGAGAUUUUGAUUCUUGGAUGUGGAAGGUAUAUUCAGCCGGUAAAUCCUGAACUCCGUAGCUUCGUUCGUUCCAUUGGCAUGAAACUAGAGCCAGUUGACUCAAGGAACGCUGCAUCAACUUACAACAUAUUGAAUGAAGAAGGAAGGAUAGUAGCUGCAGCUCUUAUACCGUAUGGAGUUACUUCUUGAAGCCGGAUCUUGUACGUGUUCCCGAGACUACAACUCCUGUGUGAAUGCAUUUUCUUCUGUUUGGAAUAGCUAUAGUUUUUUGUUAUGCUAUGUGCAUCCAUAGUUGGUUUAAAAGUCUCAGUUUCCUGUAUUCAAUUUACGGCAUGCUUGAUAAUUCAUGUCUCUGAAAAACUGUUGAGUCUCCCUUUUGGCAGACAAUGAAGUCCAUGUAGAGACUGCACUUUUCAACAAGAACUCUUCUAGCAUUAAUAGAACAAUGUUUAGGUGAAAAGCCACUAA